AUGAAGUGCGUUUGCUCAGUGACUUACUCUUUCCUCCUUAAUGGAGCUCCCCAAGUUUCAGUGAUCCCUACAAGAGGACUUCGCCAAGGUGACCCUCUAUCGCCGUAUCUGUUUAUCCUAUGCACCGAAGUGCUCUCGGGUUUAUGUAAUCGGGCACAAGCUAGAGGGGAUCUUCCCGGAAUCAAAGUAGCACGACAAAGUCCAGCAAUCAACCACCUGUUAUUCGCUGAUGAUACUAUGUUCUUUUGUAAAGCGAAUGCAGCGUGUUGUGAAACUCUCUCUAAGAUUCUCUCUCGAUAUGAAGCUGCUUCAGGUCAGUGUAUCAGUGUUCAGAAGUCUGCGAUUACUUUCUCAGCAAAGACAUCGUUAGAAGUAAAACAAGAGGUGAAAAGACUUAUGAAGAUCCCCAAUGAGGGUGGAGUGGGUAAGUAUCUGGGUCUUCCCGAACACUUUGGCAGAAAAAAACGAGAUAUAUUCUCCUCUAUUGUAGAUCGGAUCAGAUUAAAGGCGAAUUGUUGGUCUAGUGGUUUCCUCUCAUCUGCCGGAAAACAAGUGCUCCUCCAAGCGGUUCUCUCGGCCACUCCAACCUAUAUUAUGUCGUGCUUUAAGCUGCCCCUAUCCCUCUGCAAGAGAAUUCAAUCGGCCUUAACCCGGUUCUGGUGGGAUGAAAAACCUGAUAAGAGAAAGAUUUGCUGGGUCUCCUGGGAUAAGCUCACGAUCCCAAAAAACGCGGGAGGAUUGGGGUUUCGUGAGAUAGAAAGAUUCAAUGAUGCAAUGCUAGCAAAGAUAGGAUGGAGAAUUCUUCAAGCUCCUGAGUCAUUAUUAGCUCGUAUUCUUUUGGGCAAGUAUUGCCAUUCGUCCUCCUUUAUGGAGUGUCAGAGUCCAGCUACGGCUUCUCAUGGGUGGCGAAGUAUCUUGGCGGGAAGAGAUAUUCUGAAACAAGGCUUAGGUUGGAAGGUGGGUAACGGAGAGAAGAUCAAAGUCUGGCUUGAUCCUUGGUUGUCUUCUUCUUCUCCAUCCAUACCAGUGGGACCAGCUCCCGUAAAUGCAGAUUCGAUUUAUGUAAAGGAUCUCAUGCUUCCGAAUGGAGGCUGGAAUCUUAAAGCAAUUCGAGAGCAAAUCCCUCACCUUGAAGGCUCUAUUAGGCGCAUCAUCAUUGGCAAGACAACCUCCCCCGAUUCUCUGGUCUGA